CGGGGAGCCGCCGCCGCCGCCCCGCAUGGAGCUGUCCGCGAUCGGGGAGCAGGUCUUCGCGGUGGAGAGCAUCAGGAAGAAGCGCGUCAGGAAGGGUAAAGUAGAAUACCUUGUGAAGUGGAAAGGAUGGCCCCCAAAAUACAGCACGUGGGAGCCAGAGGAACACAUCUUGGACCCUCGCCUUGUGGUGGCUUAUGAAGAGAAGGAAGAAAAAGAUCGUGCAUCAGGGUACAGGAAGAGAGGCCCCAAGCCAAAGCGCCUCUUACUGCAGAGGCUGUAUGGCAUGGACCUAAGAAGCACCCACAAGGGAAAGGAGAAGCUCUGCUUCUCUCUUUCAAGGAGAUUCGGCAGUGGCGGCGGAGGAGGAGGAGACAGCAGCUUGCCAGGGGCCAAAUCAGGGCAGACAGAGCUAUCAGAGAAGAGUGGGGGAGGGGUCUUGCCAUUCCCACUCCGGAAGCAGCGCAAAAACCAGAAGUAUCUGCGGUUGUCACGGAAGAAAUUUCCACGUGUGUCAAGCCUGGAGAGCCGUAACCGCAGGCGUGAGUUCUUCCUGAAGGACCCAGUGGCGCUUGAUGCUCAGCAGACUCCCAGCGACUGGGAUGGUACGCAGCCUGCCAGCCAAGAAGCAGACAUGGAUGCAGUUGAUGGCAGCCUCCCCUGGAUCCCCACUGUGCCCCCCAGCGAAGUGACGGUGACGGAUAUCACGGCCAACUCCAUUACCGUGACCUUCAGAGAAGCACAAGUAGCUGAGGGCUUCUUCCGAGACCGGAGCGUGCAGUUCUGAAUUUCCAUUUUUAAUGUCCCUAAUCAGAUUCUCUUUGGGUGGGGGGGAUUAUCUUACUCGAAAAAGAAAUAUCCAAAAUGUUUACAGAGAAUUUUGAUUUUAUUUGACUGUUGAAGGCUCAUUGAUUUUUCUUUCCUUUUUCCAUUCAGAUAUGCAAAAACAGAGGGCAAUGUAAGGGGUGCCUGUGUUGCUAGCUUGUUCUAGUAUAUAUUCACUAGUCUGUUGCUUUGUAUGUCUGAGAAGCUGCCACGCCUUUCCCUGGCAAAGACUUCCCUUUUAAGGCCACUUGCAAAAAAUCUCUGUCUCUCUCUUCCCUUCACCCCACCUAAAUUAGAGAGGUAGUUAGCUGUGUUAGUCUGAUGUCAGGCAGAAGGCAGGGUAGAGCUUGCAACUUACAGACUAACUGAAUCAGACAUGCA